CCUCCGCAGCCUCCCCAGCCGGGGCAUUUCUCGGUGCUCUCUCGCGGUGUCGCCUCCGUUUCCCGGCCGGCUCCCGCCGCCGGAGGCUCGGCCGGGUCGCGGCCCUCGGGGCAGCGCCGCUCCCGGGCCGCCAUGAGCGCCGCGGGCCCCGGGCCCGGCCCCGAGCCCGGCCCGCAGCACGGGCACCCCGGGCCCGGCCCGGCCCGGCCCGACAGCCCGCAGGAGGAGUUCGACUUCUCCAUCCUCUUCGACUACGACUACCUGAAGCCGAUCGAAGAAGAACCGACUCCACAUAAAACCAACAGCCCACCCUCUGGAGUUACAUACGCUCAUGAUGUCCUGGACUGUGGCCUCAAGCCAUGCCCCCUGCCUUUUGCUAGCCUUUCUGCAGAUCCCAUGGGCAGAUACGGACAGCCAGAUAGCAUAGGGCCGCCACCUACACACCCUGCCAGCGCCGCAGGGGCCUCUGCUCCGAGCCCUAGGAUUGAAAUAACUCCAUAUCACGAACUGAUUCACUCGGGGGGUCCCUUCCGCGGCAGAGACACAGAUGUUCUGUUGGCAGAACAUCAGCCAAACUCAGCCACCACUAGCCCGAGGGUUACCCUGCCCGUCCCUGGCUUUGAGGGCUACAGAGAACCACUGUGUCUGAGCCCAGCCAGUAGCGGCUCCUCCGCAAGUUUCAUUUCAGAGACAAAUGUAUCUCCUUGCACCUCACCAUGUGUUUCACCAAAUAAUGGGCCUAGUGAUGACCUUUGUCCACAGUUUCAAAACAUCCAUACUCAUUAUUCUCCUAGAACCUCUCCAAUAAUGUCACCACGAACAAGCAUCACGGAGGAAGCCUGCUUGGGACGCCACUCACCAUCACCCUGUCCCAACUCAAGGUCCUCGUCACCGGGUGCAAAGCGGAGGUUCUCUUGCACCGGGCUCUACAGCAGCCAGCUGCCCUCCAGCUCUCCCCGGCCCUCACGGACCCCCUCUCCUCAGCCCUCUCCUCGCGGCCCCCUGAGAGAGGACAGCUCUGCAGUCACUUACACGCAGCUGGCCAGCGCUCCCCUUUCCAUGGAUGCUAUGAGCAGCCUUCCCACCGAUCCCUCCUGCGGCGUCCCCACGAAAAUCUGGAAAACCAGCCCCGACCCUUCCUCCAUGUCUUCCCACAAAAACAGCAUUCCGUGCCACGUCUUUCAGACUGUUGACUUCCACGGGCCCUGCGAGCAGGAGGACAGGAGGAACUCGGCUCCAGAAUCCAUUCUGCUGGUUCCUCCAUCCUGGACAAAGCAGCUGGUGCCUGCAAUACCCAUCUGCAGCUUGCCCGUGCAGUCCCUGCCUCCCCUGGAGUGGCCCCUGUGCAGCCAGUCGGGCUCCUACGAGCUGCGCAUCGAGGUGCAGCCCAAGCCCCACCACCGCGCACACUACGAGACCGAGGGCAGCCGCGGCGCCGUCAAGGCUCCCACCGGCGGCCACCCCGUGGUCCAGCUGCACGGGUACAUGGAGAACAAACCCCUGGGGCUGCAGAUCUUCAUCGGCACGGCGGACGAGCGCAUCCUGAAGCCCCACGCCUUCUACCAGGUCCAUCGCAUCACGGGCAAGACCGUCACCACCACCAGCUACGAGAAGAUCAUUGGCAACACCAAAGUGCUGGAGAUCCCCCUGGAACCCAAAAACAACAUGAAGGCAACCAUCGACUGCGCGGGGAUCCUGAAGCUGCGCAACGCGGACAUCGAGCUGCGCAAGGGCGAGACCGACAUCGGCCGCAAGAACACGCGGGUGCGCCUGGUGUUCCGCGUGCACAUCCCCGAGCCCAGCGGCAGGAUCGUGUCCCUGCAGGCGGCCUCCAACCCCAUCGAGUGCUCCCAAAGGUCUGCUCAUGAGCUUCCAAUGGUUGAAAGACAAGACAUUGACAGCUGCCUGGUUUAUGGAGGACAGCAGAUGAUCCUCACUGGACAGAAUUUCACAGCAGAGUCCAAGGUGGUGUUCACAGAAAAAACAUCAGAUGGGCAGCAGAUCUGGGAAAUGGAGGCAACAGUGGACAAAGACAAGAGCCAGCCCAGCAUGCUUUUUGUGGAAAUACCCGAGUACAGGAACAAGCACAUCCGCACGGCCGUGAAGGUGAAUUUCUAUGUCAUCAAUGGCAAAAGGAAAAGAAGCCAGCCCCAGCACUUCACCUAUCACCCAGUACCAUCCAUCAAAACAGAGCCCAUUGAUGACUAUGAUCCAGCCCUAAUCUGCAGUGCAGUGCACAGUGCUCUGGGGACUGUAACACAGCCUUACUAUUCACAGCACACAAUGGCCACCGAGUCCCCUUCCUGCCUGGUGGCCACCAUGGCUCCUUGCCAGCAGCUGCGCUCGGGCCUCUCCUCUCCCGACUCGCGGUACCAGCAGCAGAGCCCGGCCGUCAUUUACCAAAGGAGCAAGAGCCUGAGCCCCAGCCAGCUGGGCUACCAGCAGCCGGGCCUGGUGGCCGCUGCCGUGGCGGACGCCCACCGCUCGGUGCUGGUGCACGCCGCGUCCCCGGCGCAGAGCGCGGCCGUGCUGCAGCCCUCCCCGGGCCAGCAGCAGCAGCAGCCUGCCCCCGUCAUCCACUACUCGCCAACCAGCCAGCAGCUGAGGUGUGGCAGCCACCAGGAGUUCCAGCACAUCAUGUGCUGUGAGAAUUUCCCCGCCGGCGCGGCCAGGCCCCAGGCCAGCCCGGCGCAGAGGCUCAGCCCCGGCUCCUACCCCGGCGUCAUCCAGCAGCAGGCGGCCCCGGGCCCGCGGGCGGCCAAGAACGGGCCGGGCAGCGAGCAGAAGGACGUGCUGCCCGCAGGAGUGACCAUCAAGCAGGAGCAGAACCUGGACCAGGCCUACCUGGACGAUGUUAACGAAAUUAUCAGGAAGGAAUUUUCUGGACUCCCUGCCAGAAGUCAGACAUAGAAGAAGAGAUUUGUGAGACAACUUUUACCGAAUCCUUCCACAAGUGACCUCUUAGACCCUUCCAGUGCCCCUGCAGCCUCUGGCUUCCUUUGCAGUUCAUCUCCGGGCAGAGACUCAGCGCAAGGAACAAUGAAUUGGCACCAAGCGACAGCCUUGGCUGAGCCCCUGGCCACCCCUGAGUGCAAACAGCACGGAGGACACCCUUCCUUCCAUCCAGAGACCACAUUGUUCUCCUGGAACAGAGCAUCUGUCUGAGGAAACACUCCAAGCCUGCUGCAAGCCAUCUGUCCGUGCGUCCGUCCGUCCACGGGGACAGGAGCUGCCCCUGGGCUGGCUCAGAGCUGGGGGGACACUGGGGGUGGGCAAAGGGGAACACAGAGUAAUAUAUUCCACGGGAGAGCAGCACCAUCCUGCAGGUCACUAACAGUGAUCUGCCCUCCUGAGAAAUGGUAUUAUUGUGGGAAACUGAGGCAGCCAAGCUCGCUCAGCCUUCAUCCAAUCCAGGAUCAAAAGCCAGUUUGCUCUGAGCACUGUGUUGGUAUUUCAAAUGGGAGAUCCCAGCUGAAUCCAGGAGUUUCCUUCAUUUUUCUCAUCAGACUGGAUGGGAAUUUGAAGGAGAGGGAUUCUCAUAACCAACCAGUGAAAAGAGCAAUUCAGCAGUUCACCUGCCCCAAGGUAAACUAAUCCCAGGUAAAACAGAGAUUAAUAUAUAGGAGUUACAGUAAAUCCAAAGAUUUUAUGAUUGUUCCUUAUUAGUAUUUAGGCAGUGUAUGAACACAUCUUAGAUAUUUUCUCUCUAACAAAUUGUUGCUGUUUCUUUUCAUGUAGAACCUGCUCUUGGCUCAUUACUUGUCUCAUUUAGCAGCUGGAACAUUUACUCACCCAAGCUGCAGAGGAAAAUAAUUGCAUCUUACAGAAGCCAUACAUUCCAGAGAAAAUAGACACUUAUUUAUAUUCACCUGGCCUCUUUAGCUUUGCACAGCUAGCAGCAAUUCCUGGAAAGGUUCCAUUUCCAUGGGAGUUAGUAUUUUGUUAUAUUUUGCUUCGUGUGUUAGAAUAUCCUGUCCUGACUCCUGCUUAGCACAUCCCAGGUAACCACUGCCACCUGCAGUUGUACAAGUUAGAAUAUUUAGGGGAGUCAGGGAUAAAAAGGCUUCUGAGUGGGUAAUCAGUGUACAGUAAAAGAUAGCCAUAAUAUUUUAGGAAUUACAUAGUAAUCUUUCCUGGUUUUAUAAAUAAGGAAUGCUGGUAUUUUCAGCAAUGCAGAGCCUGAGCUCUGCUCUAGAAAGCAGAGUGAAACGAAUCCAGUUUUCAGUUGUGUCCCAGUAAACUUGGCAGAAUACCAGCUCACAGCAGGAAUGAGGGGAUGGGAAUACAGCAGAGCAGCCUCAAAAUUGGUUCCCCAGUGUCUCAAGAAAGAUUUUGCACAAUCCCUGCAGAGCACGUGCUUGGUCCAACAAAAAUCUCUUCAGGACUAUCAGGAAGAAUGUUUUUUCUGCCACUGAAAACCGGUGCUUAAACUCUGCAAGGUCUUGGGGUUUAGAGUGGGAGACAGAAGCAUUAGGUUCUUCAGAACCCCUGACCUGGGGCUCAGCUAAAAUUUGGCUCUUGAACAGAAAUCUGAAUUUCACAGGAGCAGCUCUGAACUCCAGAUUCAGCCCAGCUCAGAUCCAGAACCAGAGCAGAGCCCUGCACAUCCCACCCUGGCUUUUAUGGCACACUUGGCUUCUAUUCCUGCUUUGUGGGGUUCAGAUCUUUCCCCCAAAAGGAGUUCCUGUAUCCCAGCACCCAGAACUCCUGGGGGGCAUCACUCUGCUGCUCUCCUCGAGCUCUGCCCCUCAGCCUGGGCCUGCAGAGGUGAAAAUGGCCUUUUUUCACUGCUGAUUUUACAGAACCAAAAGUGAGGCCCAGCCUUGCUGGAGAGGGGAAUUCCUGUUAGACAGCACUCAGCAGGACCCACUGGCUCACACGCCUCAAAAAGCUAUUUUGGAUUGUUAAAAGCUGUCAGUGGGCCAGAAGCUGACACAUAUUAAGGGGUUUUUAGUGCAGUCUGAUGAAUUAGACAAUUUUGACAUAUUCUAAAGGCCAGAAGUUGCCUUGUCAGAAGUUCUUUGAUACAGCUGAGUGAAAGAACAGACCAAAUGCAUCUCCCAGUUUCACACUUGGAUGUAUCAAAGGUUUUCCAUGAUCCAACCUGUAAAGUAUAGAAGAAAUUUUAAAAACAACCCAGAAACCCAUCCACAGGAAAAAAAAAAAAAAAUCCUCAGAUUACUGGCAGAACCUUCUCUUUUGCUGGAUUUUAAAAAGGAGCUCAAAGAAGCCCAGGAAGGUCUUUUCAGAUCUGUGAUGUGCUGCUGCUGCUGCUCUGGUGAUUGUCUGCUCAUCAAUUUAGGAGAAUCAUUUUUUGCAUAUUUAUUUUUAGAUGAUAUCAAUUUAGAAAAAGGGCAAAGUAAAAUCUAGUGCUGGAUCUGAGCAAAGAACAAGGCCAGUGUCUGAGUUCUGCCUUCGAGAUUGUUGAGGCUGAAAUGUCCUUUUAAUAAGAAGUUAACCCCUAAAAGGAAGGAGUAGCUGCAAGCUUGGGUUUGGAGCAAAGGCUGUUCAGGGCCAGGGGGAGCCAGGCAGGCACAGCCCUGCUGCACCAGGAGACCUCUGCAGCCCAAAUAAACGAGAUUUCUGCUCUG